GCCCGUGAAGCGCGUGAAUCGCACAGGAAGAUGACAUUUGAUUGGAAUGAAUUCAAAGUUUUGUUGGAUAAAAAAUUCGUUCUAAUAUCACCAUUUUGUGGUGGUAUUGACUGUGAAGACGCGAUCAAAAAAGAAACAACAAGGGAGGAGAGCGCAGAUCCUGGAGCACCUGCAAUGGGCGCUAAAACACUUUGUAUUCCUCUCGAACAAGUGAGACUGCCUAUUCUUUCUUUUUUCGUCGACGUUUUGUGA